CGUAGCACAACUCACCAUGGAGCAGCUUUGGAUUUAUGCUAUUUCCCUUGCAUCGUGUCUUAGCGCGUGCUUCUUGUACCGCCUCCUUCGACUACUCAACGAGCGCAGCCGAUACUUCCUUCGGUCGCACUUCCGAAGAGCCAUGAUCCACACACAUGUCGGUAAGCGGCUCCAUAGCAGCCUCGAUGUUAACAUGCUCGCGCUAAGUAUACUCGCGCUCUACGCUGCCGGUAAUACAUUCUGCCUGUUCUUCGGGCGGCCUGAUCGACUGCAGAUUUCUAAAAACGCAAGCACGUUGGCGAUGAUAAAUUUGUGUGCCGUGUUUCUCGGGAGCCGAGUGAACCUUGCUUUAGACCGCUGUCUCCGGAUCCGGCUCGGCGAACUCGCAUUUCUGCAUCGUUGGGUAGGUCGCACGUGCUUCAGUCAUAUGGCCAUCCACAUAGCGCUGCGUAUGUGGAUGUCGCCGAUGCGGAUUGGCGUGCUUUUCGUCACACUCAUCGUAACCACACCCUCUCUAAUCCUUUUCUCCCUUCUCCCUGUGCGGCGCUACUUCUAUGAAGUAUUCAAACGCGUUCAUGCCUUCGUUGCUUUCGUAUUCCUAGGGGCCCUAUGGGCUCACGUGCCCUUGAACAACACCUUGUUUGUUAGCAUAUUAUCCUGUAUCUCUGUCAUCUGGUUUUGUUGGAUGCUCCUGUCCGUUCUUGCGAUCGUUUUGCGAAGCGGAGGAUUCCACACCGCGACGCUGAGCGAUAUUGACGUCGUCCCCAAAUAUUUCAGAAGCCCCCGAGCUGACAACGAGGUGAGUAAUGGGAUAGCGCGCGCCAUGCAGGCAGACAUCGACGGCAACGGCCACGAUCAGAUUGCGGGGAUAGCCCAGUCCACGCACCGGCUCUGGGUAACGCUGAAAAAGCCGUGCAAUAUCUUCCCGGGCCACUACUUUUACAUAUGUUUUCCCAGCAUACCCAACAGGGCUCAAGGUAUUUUGCAGUGGCAUCCAUAUAUGGUUAUGUGGCAGGAAGUCAUCGAGGGCAAGCAAGUGCUACAAUUCCUUCUUGACCGGCGCAGUGGCUUCUCGAAAAAGAUCAGGACUGCAGAGCCGAAAGCUGCUGUCCUAUUGGAUGGGCCGUACGGCGUAGAUUACCAUGUUGAUGAUUAUGAUAAAGUGCUAUACAUAACCAGCGGCGUGGGUGUGGCUUCAUGCAUAGUCUCAAUUCAGAAACUUCUGAAAUCGCACAAUAACAAAACCGGUAGGGUUAGACGGAUAUCCCUCACGUGGCUGGCCGAUUCCGAAGAUCAGUAUAGUAUCGUUCAAGAUCUGUUCAAGCUGCUGCUGCGAGAAGAUCCACGAGAGAUUCUUAACAUCGUUACAUACGUGCGAGGCAGAAACCGACCUGGCGAGAGCCGAAGGAUAAUGCGGGGCCUGCAUUCGCACGAGGGAGCAAUGUUUGUUGCGGACGUUAUUCAGCAAGAGUGGGAUGCAGAGGCCGGAAACAUGGCCGUUGUUGCGUGCACGACUCCCAGCGUAGACCAGGAUAUUCGGGCUGCCGUUCGUAAAACCUCGAGCCGAGGCACGCAAGUCGUCCUAACUGGAAACGACAGAUCAGCAACGUCGACCACCCAGAACAAGUAUCGUGUCAACGGCGACGUGAAUGAACCUGACAUUGAUCGGAUUGAGACGUUCAAUGAUAUUGAUCUUAUAUAUCCAGACUUCCGUCCCGAAGAACUACCUAAAUAAGACUAGAUAAUACUGAGAUGCCGGUCAUCUUUAGUGGUGAUAAGUUUAUAGAAUGACAGUGCAAUGACUUAUUGUAACAUCGAUCCCGGUGCAACGGGCCACCCGGCGCAAAGGGCC